UGACACUGUUCCUAUUCACAGGAGGACAGCGGAUAUGUGGUGUAUGAAAACCGAAUGACCUCCUCGUAUGAAGUGGGGAUUGGACCAUAUGGUUCUAUCACAAGGGACAGUCAUUUUGAGUAGGUGAUCCAUGUCUUGGUGUGACCAUUAAUCCCUGAUAAAUGCUACAAGCUCGCUGUGUGUCGUCCAGGUUUCUCUUCCAGUGUAGAUAUUCGGGAACUUCUGUGGAAGCUCUGGUUGUGGAGGUCAACUCUGUUCCUCCACCUCCACCAGUAGCUGCUCCUGGACCUCUCAGGGUGGAGCUCAGACUGGCCAAUGGCCAAUGCGUCACCAAAGGCUGUGCUGAAGGGGAUGAGGCCUACACGUCCUAUUACAGUGACGCUGAUUAUCCCAUCACAAAAGUCCUGCGAGAGCCUGUGUAUGUUGAGGUGCACAUUAUGGAGAGGACCGACCCCAACAUUGUCCUGACGCUGGGACGUUGUUGGACGACUUCAACCCCCAGUCCACUCAGUCUCCCCCAGUGGGACCUUCUGAUCGACGGAUGCCCUUACCAGGACGACCGCUAUCUGACCACACUGGUUCCAGUGACUGGAUCGUCUGGUCUUCAGUUCCCAACCCACUACAAGCGCUUUGUUGUGAAGAUGUUCACAUUUGUAGAUCCAGCCUCACUGGCUGCUCUGCAGGAAACCAUCUUCAUCCACUGCACUACAGAGGUGUGCCAUCCAUCAUCUGGCUCUUGUGAGCAAAGCUGCACCAGGAAACGAAGAGACACUCGUAUCAAGGCUGUCUCUGGGGAGCAGACUGUGGUUUCUAGUGGAGAAGUUACUCUGGUCAUGUAAAUCUAGUGUUUUUAAUAAACUUUUCAGAACCCUUA